AUGUUCCGCGUCCUCGAGCGGCCCGCCUUCUCAACCGCUCAGAACGCCCUCUUCCCCGUCUACUUCACCAUCCAGACGGCCCUCCCCGCUGUCAUGGCCGUGACGUUCCCCGGCAGCGCCAGCCCGUUUGGCGUGCAGGAGAGCAGCAUCAGCGGUCUGCUGCAUGAGUCCAACAGGACCAGCGCGUUGCUGCCCAUCGCCACCAUGUUUGUGACGGGUCUGCUGAAUUUGGUAGUGAUUCUGCCCAAGGCGCAGAAGGUCAUGGCAGCUAGAUAUGCCCAGGAGAAGAAGGAUGGGAAGAAGAGCUACGACAAGCCGCCGCACUCGCAGGAGAUGCUUGCCCUUAACAAGUCGUUUGGCAAGCUGCACGGUGUUUCCACCCUCGUCAACCUUGCUGGCUUCAUUGCGACCGUCGCUUACGGCUUCUCUCUUGCCAAGCGCCUCAACUAA